CUUCUGUUCCGCUUCCGUUUAGCAUCCAUUUUGUCGUGAUUAAAAGGCAAACAAGUUGGGUAUUCUUUUGUUUUAAUAAUUUUAAUAAAAAUACUCCGUAAAGAGUACAUUUAUCGUUACGAUAAUCCUUAAAAUACAGUUAAAAAUGGUUGAUAGAAUUGAUAUGGCUUUGGACGACAUAAUUAAAGCAAAUAAAAAAGGCAGAGGCGGUGGCGGUGCAGGCCGAAAAUUUGAAGUGAAAAAACCAGGUCGUGGUGCAGGAGGUAGUUUUCGAAGUAAUCGCGCCGGAGGUGUAUUACGCGGCAGAAAUCGUGGAGGAGUAACCAAGUCAACAAAUUACACAAGGGGUGAUGUAAACAGCACUUGGAAACAUGAUAUGUUCAAUGACUUCAAUGAAAGGAAGCUACAGAGGAGUGCACCUCUGACCACUGGGCCCACUAAACUUUUAGUUUCAAAUUUGGAUUUUGGGGUCUCAGACUCUGAUAUUCAAGAACUAUUCUCAGAAUUUGGCAUUCUCAAAAGUGCCGCUGUACACUAUGACAGAUCUGGUAGAUCAUUAGGUACUGCUGAUGUGGUGUUUGAAAGAAGAGCUGAUGCUUUAAAGGCUAUGAAACAAUAUAAUGGGGUUCCUCUUGAUGGUCGUGCCAUGAAUAUACAGCUGGCCACAUCGGAAAUCACAACUUUUAGGACUGAAGAAAGAAAUCGACCUGUAGGUGGUGGAGGAGGUGGUCCACCUAGACGCAACAUAAAUAGGGGAGGCGGUGCCAAUCGCAGCCCAGGAAGCCAGCGAGGUGGUGCCAGACGUGGUGGCCGUGGUGGGGGAGCAGGGGGUGGAGCACCACGAGGCAAGAAACCUGUACCAACUGUUGAACAACUUGAUGCUGAAUUAGAUGCCUAUGUCAAAGAAAUCAAGUGACAUUGGCUUCAAGAAUAGAAUAUUUUGUGAAAAAUAUAUAUAAUUAGUUCUUACAAAUAAGUGACGAAGAUUUAAUUUUUUUAUUCAAAACUUGUCUGACACUAUGCAAUGCAGAAACUGGUAAAUGAAAAUAAAAUGUUGACAU